UAUAAAUCCCUCCCUCUCUCUCUCUCUCUCUCUCUCUCUCUCUCAAUUUCAAAAUUCCAAAACCUCACCAUGGCCUCAAUGACCCGGCCCUUCGUCUUCACCCUCGCUUUCCUCACUAUUUACACCGCCCUGCCACUCUCCCUCUCUCAGACCACCGAUGCCCCGGCGCCGGCCGCCGAUUUGUGCAACGGCGUCUUCAUAUCCUACUCCUACACCGACGGCAAGCAGAUCGCCCCCACCUUUCCGGCGCGGCAGCCCUACCGGUUCGAGUCCGUGCUGACUGUGCUCAACAACGGCGAGGAGGACCUCAAGUCGUGGAAGGUGUUCGUAGGGUUUCAGCACGGCGAGUACUUGGUCUCUGCUGCCAAUGCUGUGCUCGCCGACGGGAGUGCGUAUCCCGGAAGUGUGGAGAACGGCACCGUUUUCGCCGGGUUCCCGCAGACCGAUCUGAAGACGGCGAUCAAGACGGCGGGCGACUUGACGCAGAUGCAGGUGCAGGUGAAGUUGUUAGGGACUCAGUUCGGCGUGGCGCCGCCGAAUGUUCCGAUGCCGGCCAAUAUCUCUUUGGCUAAUGAUGGCUUUCGUUGCCCCAAGGCCUCAUUGCAAGGGAAGAGUGAAAUGCAAGUCUGCUGCAUUGUAGACUCUACGGUGAAAACAAACAUCACUGCAGAUGAAGAGUUUCUCCCUCGCCAGAAUGGAGAUCUUUCAAUCAUGUAUGAUGUGACCCGGACGUAUGGAUCAAGUUACUUUGCACAAGUGACAAUCUCCAACCAUAACUCUCUAGGCCGUCUUGAUAGUUGGAAGUUGAGCUGGGACUGGAUGGCACAAGAGUUUAUCAAUACGAUGAGAGGGGCUUAUCCAUCUGUCGUUGAUUCUUCUGAAUGCAUAUUUGGCGAACAAGGUCAAUACUACGCAGAUCUAGACUUUGCCAAUGUCUUGAGUUGUGAAAAAAGGCCAACCAUUAUUGAUCUGCCUCUGGAAAAGACUAAUGACACUAAACUUGGUAUGAUCCCUUAUUGUUGCCGAAAUGGUACUAUCUUGCCAACAACAAUGGAUGCAACCAAGUCAAAAUCUUCAUUCCAGAUGGAAGUCUAUAAAAUGCCUCCAAAUAUCAACCGCUCUGUGAUCAUACCACCACAAAACUGGGCAAUCAAUGGCACUCUCAACCCUGAUUACAAAUGUGGUCCUCCUGUGCGGGUGAGUCCUAGUCAAUUCCCUGAUGCAAGUGGCUUACCGGUGAAUUCAACUGCAGUAGCCAGCUGGCAGGUUGUGUGCAAUAUUACACAGGCCAAGGGAGCAAGCCCUAGAUGCUGUGUUUCAUUUUCUGCUUACUUCAACGAGUCUGUUGUACCAUGCAAAACUUGUGCAUGUGGGUGCCCUAGAAAUACAGCUCAAACUUGUAGCACAACUGCACCGGCUAUGCUUCUUCCACCAGAGUCGCUUCUCGUUCCCUUUGAGAACCGAACUGUCAAGGCAAAAGCUUGGGCUGAGCUUAAACACCUAGCAGAUCCGAACCCAAUGCCCUGUGGUGAUAACUGUGGGGUCAGCAUUAACUGGCACGUACUCUCAGACUACAGUAAAGGAUGGACUGCAAGGGUUACACUCUUCAACUGGGGCGAAACUUCUUUUGCUGAUUGGUUUACUGCAGUACAACUGGAUAAAGCUGUUCCUGGUUUUGAAAAAAUGUACUCUUUCAACGCUACUACUGUGGGAACGGAUGGGGUCAACAAUACGGUGUUUAUGCAGGGUCUUGAAGGAUUGAACUACCUUGUGGCAGAAGUAGAUGGAGCCAACCCAAACAAGGAUCCUAGGGUGCCUGGGAAGCAGCAAUCAGUGAUCUCAUUUACAAAGAAGCUUACUCCUGGAAUUAAUGUGGCUGGUAGAGAUGGGUUUCCGACAAAAGUGUUCUUUAAUGGGGAGGAGUGCUCACUUCCUGAUAUAUACCCAAGUAGUGCUUACAGAACAAGCUCAGCCAUGAUGAUGUUUCCUGUCCUCCUAAUGGUUGCAGUGUUCAUGUUGAUGCAGCAAUAGCCAAGUGAUGAGGGCACUUCUAGAUCUCUUAGCUGCUGCUGAUUUUUUAAUUCUUUCAGUGGUUGGAUUAAUAUAUGCUCAACGAGGAGGAUUCACAUAAUCUCAACUGCCAACCAUAUAUGACUGGUAUUUUUGAGGUUAUGAGAAACUUGUAUCUGUGGUAGUGCUGCUCAUCUGCAAGUUUUCAAAGGAGGAUUGAUGCCCGCAAGUGACAGCAAUCGUAUGCAGUUACCGGUUUCACAUUUUGUAUAAACAACUAUUGAACUAGGUUGCUUGCUCAGAUUUUUCUUGCUACAUAUAUAUACAUUUGUUAGGUGGUGGAACUAUUCGUAAAAUUCAAUAUGAUCUCUUUUUUGAGUGAC